GACGGUAGGGUGGAGUGUAUGACAACCUAGAGUAUAAAUACACACACACACACUCUCUCUCACACACACACACACACUCUCACUCAGCUUGGAGACGCUCUCACACAGACUCGGACAACUUUAUACUCAAGUAUGUCGGACACGUACGAACUCAUUCGCAACCUAAUUCAGAUCAGCCUGAAUGAUGAUUUUCCAAAAGAACACACAAAACCAGCUUUGCCCCGUCAGCUGUCUACCUGCUUCUCUACAAAGAGCCUCAGCUCGGAGAAGCUCAGCGAGGACACCUUCAGCUGGCCCUCUGACACAUGGAGUGAUAACAUGCCAAAGAAACCUCAGAAUCCGUUCAGAUCCGACCGAUCUAUGAGUCUGACUGACAACUAUCUCCCCAACUUCUUCAACAACAAGAUGAAGUCUCUCGAUCUUCCUCCACCACCCGGAUUCCCACCUUUAGCUCCUCAGCCCUCAAAUCGCUAUAAGACUGAGCUAUGUAGAAGUUUCCAAGAAAAUGGUAGCUGCAAAUAUGGUAACAAGUGUCAGUUUGCACACGGUGAGAGCGAGCUUCGAGGCCUUUACCGCCAUCCGAAGUACAAAACAGAGGCAUGUCGCACAUUCUACAACUUUGGAUACUGUCCUUACGGAAGCCGCUGCCACUUUAUCCAUGAGGAGAAACUAUCUUCUCCUCAAACACUCAACCAGAAGAGCCAAGCACCUGCCAGCCAGCAAGCACGAGUUCUGCGCCAGAGCGUGAGCUUCGCUGGUUUUCUUGGCUCUCGCAGUAUCUCCCCACCAAUCCCCCACGAAUCCAUGGGCUUCAGCCGUGCACCUUCGGUUUCUCCUCCUCCGAACGACGUCUUGUCUCCUGCGUUUAACGACACAAGCCGUGACAUGUUUCCAUUCCCACAGAUCAGAGUUGAGAGCGAUGUCCAUAACCAGCCUCUGCUUAUAGAGCCUCAGAAGUCCUCACACUGUGUGUGGGGCCAAGAAACAAACUUUGAGCCGCUGACAAGCAAAUGUGUGGGGAAGGAGAAGCGAAGCAGCGCGUUUGGUUUCAGCCACGCUAGCAUUCAGCGCUUCGCCUCUGACGACUCUCUCUCAGACCACGAGAGCUACAGCAGCACAGAGAGCUCCAGCGGCUCAGAGUCUCCCACCUUUGAAAGCAAACGCCUCACUGUUUUUGCUCGAAUGUCUGUUUCUGAGUAAUUUUUUUUAUUUUUAUUAUUAUUAUUAUUUAGGUUUUUUUUUUAUUUCAAAAAAGGACAUAUUCUUUGAUAUAAAUGAUAUGACUUAAUAAUAGUGUUUAUUUAUUUACUUUAAUUGCUGGCUAUAGGAAAUUAAUUUUGAUACACACUUGCAGUCUAUAGCUAUGUAUUUUUAUUGCGUUUAUGUAUUUUCUACCGUUGUGUCUUCCACUCGCUUGCUUUGCUAAAUGUAGAUUUAACCACAGACAUUUGGUCCAAAGCUUCAGGUGCCGUAUUCGCACUACUGACCUGACGUACACAGAGCUCUCGUCUGUGCCUGUUCCUAACAAUCAGAAAUCAGAUUUCUAGUCUAACUCAACCAGCAAUGUGACAAACAAGAAAUGAUAGCUAUGACAUGUACUCACUAAGAAAUGCACUUUACCUCUACAGGGAGAUAUGUAGCAUGUAACCAAAGCAUUAGGAUCUAUUGUGCCUGUAUGAAUUUGGCUUGGAUCUAGACGCCUUUUGGUAAAAAAAAAAAAAAAAAAAAAAAAAAAAAAAACUCCCUCUGUUCUAAUUUACACACAACAAAAUUGUAAAACCGUGUUUUUUUUUUUGUUGUUGUUUAUUUGUUUUUGUUUUUGUUUUCCCAAACAAGACCUGUCACAAUGUCUUGUGUUUUUUAUCAGGGACUGUAACGGUACAGUAUUUUAGGUUAGAAUGCCUUUUUGUAAUUGUAUAGAUUUAACCAAUGUAUUUAUUAAGUAUUUAUUAAAGCAGCAGAAAUGUAUUUUUUACUUAUUUAUCAACACAUGUUGGGGUAUGAAAAGUGUAGCAACAAAAUGAUGGAUUUCACAAUAAUUUCCCAAAGAUUUAUUAAAUAAAUGAUGUGGAAAGGUAA